AUCUGUAGGAGAAAAAUUUGAUCUCGGGAAAUCAUCUCUUCAUGAUUCUUUUAAAAGAAUUGUAAAUGCAAUCAAUAACUUAGCAGAUUCUUUAAUAGCAUGGCCAACACAAGAUGAAAUGAACGAUUUGAAACAUAAAUUUUUGCAAAUUGGUCCUUUACCGGAUGUGAUUGGAGCAAUUGAUGGUACACAUAUUCCUAUAAAAGCACCAAAGGAUAAUUCGUGUUAUUAUAUAACUAGGAAAAAGGAAUAUGCUAUCACAUUACAAGCUGUUUAUGAUACGAAUCUUGUAUUUAGAAAUUGUUUCGUGGGAUUUGCUGGAUCUGUUCAUGAUAAAAGAAUAUUUGUAAGGUCUGAUUUAUGGACAGAAGUGGGACGCAAUAAAAGAAAUUUUUUCCCUCAUAAUGAAUAUAUACUUGGAGAUAAAGCAUAUCCAGUUCUGUCAUGGUGUAUACCACCUUACAUUGAUCGUGGAAAUUUAACACCGGUUAGUUUAGGUUCACAACCUUGUUUUAAGAGACCGUAA